CAUCAGAGCGGUUUUGACUACUUCCGGGGAUCCACUGAGGCUCCAUAGACCGAGGCCAACAACCAGCCAUCCCCUGUCCAACAGGGCCUCAGAGAUGGUCGAGUUUGACGAACUCCUCUCCACUCUGGAGAUGUGGGCUGACCAACUGGCUUCACUGAAGGACUUGCACUGUGUCCUGAGUAAGUUGAUACUGAGACUGUUACCAUGGCAGCCAGCAGGCGCUACUAGUCUUAUGGAAAGUGUUCGAGUGGAGGACCUUAUGCUACUGGUGGACAGUCUGCUAGAGGAGACCAACUCUGGGGAGGAUAAGUUGCUGAGGAGCCCCACUAGGAACACACUCCAGUCCAUGGUGUCCCACUUCCAGAAGCUGUUUGAUAUAACCUCCCUCAGCGGAGUGUAUCCACGUAUGAACGAGGUCUACACCAGGCUUGGGGAGAUGACCACCGCUAUGAGGAACCUCAGGGACAUCCUGGCCCUGGAUGACAGAGCACCCCUUAGUGAGGUGGUAAACCAGGUAGCCAGUCUGGUCAACUCCCCAGAAGCCACGUCCGGCCACGAGCUCCACGUCCUCCUGGGAACCAGUGAUAUUGACAGGUACAAGCAGCAGAAUUUAUUUUGUUUUAUUCUGAGUAAUGUUGUUAAUGUCAUAAAAUUUGCCUAUUGCCUGGCGUUAAAUAUGUGUGUUGGUCAGUAUUAUUCUGAAGCUAAAGGAACAUGAUGUGUUCUUCCCUGCAUUCUACUUUUUGGUUCAGAAGCUGCUCCAGACUCUAGGUAGGGAAAUGUUAUUACCAUCCAAUAAUGCAUUUGUUUGAAAUCGUUUACUGAUCAUGUGGUUAUUAGUACAUCUAUUUUGGUUGAUCUUACAGAUGUUGACUGUCUGGAUGACAUCAUGCCUGUUCUGAGGUCACUAGAGUCAAGAGCAGAGUAACACCGGUGCUUUGUAAUUAACAAUGCCUUUAUGUUUUGUGUAUUUGAUUUGGAGUGA